AUGUCUCAGCAGGCGCCUGGUCUAGCAGACCUGGAGAAAGAGCUGGGGUGCUCGAUCUGCACGGAGCUCCUCUACCAGCCCCUCACUCUGCUCGACUGUUUACAUACCUACUGUGGCUCUUGUGUGAAAGAAUGGUUUACCGCACAAGGGUCGCGCGGACAAGCCCGCGGAUCCUCCCCAAAAUUUACCUGCCCUUCAUGUCGUGCUGAGGUGCGCGGUACCCGCCCAAAUGCUACCGUCACAACACUCCUGGAUAUGGUCUUGAUGGCCAAGCCAGAUCGUGGCAGGUCUGAAGAUGAGAAGAAAGAGAUCGCGGAACGAUAUAAGCCGGGCGACUCGGUCUUCCCACCGCAGCAAAUAGAAGCGGAAAGCUCAGAAGACGAGGAAGAUCAGCGACUUCUGGAGGAGGCUCGUGAUAUGAGUCUUCGCGAGAAUCGGCCACAUGUACGACGGGAAGAGCGCCGUGAAGAACGGCGCAGAACGCAACCAGAAAGCAGCCGAGCGAGGAACGACAAUACAGAGCACAGGCAUACAGAUGAUGGGAGGUCUCGACGGAGGCGAGAGGAAGAGGCGGAACGGCAGCGGCGCAUAGCUCGAGCUCAGGAUGACUCCGAGCAUACCAGGCGUGUUGAGCACCAGUCGAGCUUGCGAUCACUGCUCAGCCUGUCAUCUGAGACGGAGACAAUGCAAGAGGAGAUUCUGCGGCAAAUUGUUGAAGAGGGCCUGCUGAAUGGUAUCGACACUGAGAAUCUUGGCCCUGCACAAGAGGAGGAGAUCAGUGAGCGGAUUGCGGCUGUCCUUCGUCAGAGGCAAAUGCAACAAUCGAGUUCCCGGCCAGCACAACGGCGCAGGCAGUCACCCGAAGGCAACCACCGGUCGCAUGGGCGGUCAAAUUCAGCCCACAGAUCAGGGGAAAUAAGUACCACGUCUCGAGACCCCGGUGAAAGGCGGCCACCUAUAUCUAGACCGCAUCUACUUGGCUCAGCUGCAGCUCACCCGCCUCGAAAUCACCAACGAAGAAAUUCGGAUCAUACCAGUGGCACCCGGGGAACGUCACCUGUUCGAGUGAACCAAGCAUCAACUUCGGACGAGACUUUGCGACCUGCAGUUCGGUCUUCGAGCGAUAUGACAAGUGAGCGCCCUCGUAGUUCUCAUAACGGCAGACCAAGAGCAGAGUCAUCUUCCCAGCGGCCACGCCGAGGAAUGGAAACAGAACAACCCAUCCAUGAUGUAUGGACAGGAGCAGGGAGAGAACGAGCUUCCACCCGACAAACCAACAGCCAGUCCGCCACUGCCUCUCCUAUCUCUGCAGCGCCAUUGAGCUCAUCCCAUCCUUCAACCCCAGUCGUUUCUAAUAGGUCCGAUAGACGACAUAGGCCAGCAUCUUCACGGUCAAAUGCUCCUACGCCGUCAAAUACGCAAUUCGCUGAGCCUUCCCUAUCAUGCGAUCGAUGUGGGAAAGCAAACAUCCAAUACGACUUGCACAAGAGAUGCCUACAGUGCAAGGAUGGAAACUAUCGCCUUUGCUUACCAUGUUACCGCUCUGGUCGGGGCUGUCUUCAAUGGUACGGCUUCGGUUCAAGUGCGCAAUCGACAUUCGAACAAAUGCUGGCAUCAUCAAACGGCCAGCCAAUGCGCAUACGCGAAGGUGGCCAUGUACUCCACUCUUUCAAGUACCAGCGGCCUUCGGAUACUGCUCAGAUCACCACGAAUGGAGAGAUGCAAGUGACAAAUGAUAACCCGGCCCGCCGCCUGGAAGCUGGGCUAUUCUGCGACAUUUGUAUGUCUUGCACAAAUGAGUGCUACUGGAAGUGCAGCCAAUGUAACGAGGGAGAUUGGGGGUUCUGCAAUCGUUGUGUCAACCAAGGGCGAUGCUGUACUCAUCCCCUCCUGCCGAUCCGUCGUCUAGCUGGGACCCCAGCGCCGUCUUCUCCAUCGACACCGGUGGUUGCAGCGAACAGCCCACCCCCUAUGCAAACUACAGAAAGCUACAAAAUUCUCUCAUUUUCCACUAACUGUGACAUCUGCACCUAUCCAAUUCCAGCCUCGGUUUCGAGAUACCAUUGUCUACAAUGCAAUUCUGGUGACUAUGACGUUUGCACGAAUUGUUAUCUCAAGCUCGUGGUAACCUCAAAGAUUAGCAAGGAGAAUGGCCACGGUGGCUGGCGCCGGUGUGUGGCAGGUCACCGAAUGAUUGUCGUCGGUUUCGAAGACCAUCAAGAUGGCCAGAAACGGACCAUCACGAGGCAUCUAGUUGGCGGCCAUGCUCUUCAAGAUGAGCAUGUCAAUCGAUCACCCUCUUCAUCACCUGUCAUUACUUCCCCCGUCGCUUCUCCUGAGUUGGGUGUUGGGGAUUGGAGCUGGAAAGAGGGCCACGAUCGUCGCAAAAAGGCUUCUCGCGUGCGAGGCACUCUCGCUUCUUCCAUUAAUAAGACACAUACGUCAGAUGGGGAUCCUGCAUCUCCAAAUACAGGCACUCCUACCUCUCAGUACGCCCCUGCUUUCCGCCGCUUCCCACCCGAUGGAGGCGUUGGCCUCAUAGUCCACGCACUGUGGUCAUAUUAUCCCGAGGAAGAGGAUGAGCUUAUGUUUCCGCGUGGUGCUGAUAUCACAGAAGUUGAAAACGUCAAUGAUGACUGGUUCUGGGGCUGCUAUGCUGGCCGUACCGGACUCUUCCCUGGCUCUCGCGUUGCUCUUAUGGGAGAGAUUCGCUAA